AUGUUGUUAUACGUAUUAAUCGCACUUUUUGUAAUUCAGAAAAGUAUUCUGCAAGAUAAUCUCGACUUGGCAAAAACGUUAGUCAAAGAAACGAGUGAUAUCAAUGAAAGAGAUGAUGAUGGCUGUACUGCUCUGCAUACAGCAGCAAGAUAUUCUAGUUCUGAUGCUGUAAAGCUUCUUCUUCAGCAUGGUGCUACUAGUAAAGUGUUUGACAAGAAAGGUGUUGCUCCUGUUCAUGUUGCUGCAAGAAAGGGAAAUUUGCCUGCGGUACAAGCUUUAGUGUCUCAUGAUCGCUCUAAUGCUGAGUUGAAAGAUCAAACAGAAAACGAAGCUACUCCAUUGCAUCAUGCAGCAGAGGAGAACCGCACACACGUGAUAGAGUUUCUAAACUCACAAUAUCACGCUAACAUCAAUGCAACCAACAGAAUAGGAGAGGCUGCUGUAUUUGUUGCUGCUGCUCGUGAUAACCCAGAAAUGAUUACAGCAGCUGUGAAAAUGGGGGCUGAUUUGACUCUCAGAAGCGAUCUUGAUGAAUCUGCAAUGGACGUAGCAGCGACAGAAGAUUCUAUUUCUUGUAUUGUUAGUAUUGCACAGAAAGCUCCUCAAACAGUUACAGCCGUAAACGAUGAUGGCGACCCAGCACUGAGCCAUUGCUAUACGGGGGAAAGCGUCGACAUUUUAGUCAAUCUAGGAGCAGAUCCUUGUCACAAGAAUGAAACGAGACGUACACCUCUUCAUGCAGCUGCUACUGACCCAGAUAGACAGGAAGCAGCACGCAAGCUUGUUUCAAGAGGUGCAGAAGUUGAUGCCAAAGACGAUGCAGGAAUGACACCACUACAUGUGGCAGCUUCAAUGGAUAACACACAAGGAGUUGACUUACUCAUUGAGGAAGCAGGGGCAAAUAUGAAUGUAGACAGAAUGGCGUCCAAAGGAAAGUUUGACGACUUGCUGAAUCAUAUGGGAAACCAAGUCGACGCUUGUCUUGCCAAGGCGUUGCCGCAGAAGUUUCGUGAUAUCGUCGAAUGUUUGCGAGGGAAGGCACACGUUAUCGCUAAAGAUUCUAUAGGUAGUGCAGUCCAGGCAGACGACAUCAACAAAUUUCGAGAUCUGCUGAAAAAAACCACGAAGAAGCUGACGAAGCUGGCCAAAGCACCUAAACGAACUCCUGAUAGCACAUUGCUCGACAGCCUGCAAACAAGUUGGAAGGACAUGAAGGAUUUGCAUUUCCGCAUGAAAAACCAAGAUGACUCCUCUUUCACUGUCGCACACAUGUUUUCAAAUUCAGGUGCGAGGAAGUUUUGGUGUGAUUCAUUUGGAGACAAGAAUGGUGAAGUACAGUGGGAAACGUGGCUAACAGCAUACAAAAAGAAAUCUUAUCUACUUGACAAAGACUCUGAGCUCGUUAUCAAAGCUUUCAUUGGAGUCGCAGGAGGAAAGUUUGUUGCUGCUUCAAAGAUGAAUGAUGCAUGCCAGGCAUUUGGAUUUCCGUUUAAAAGAGUCAAAUGCUGUCGUGAAAUGGAAUGUCAAUGCAUGGAGUUCAAAAAGAAAGAGUGGGGUUUGAAAAGCAGUUCAGCUGCUGAAGAGAUCGAGACAUGUCUUACUUGUAAGCAUGGAAAAGACAGACACUAUGUUUUAGAAAAGCUUGAUAAAGAAUCAAAGAGUCGAGAUCGUCGAUCUACUGGUGGAAGCGUUAAAGACAAGCAGCUGCUAAUAGAUCAAUCAACUCGCUUGGGACCAUUGCAAAAAAGUAUUCUGCAAGGUAAUCUCGACUUGGCAAAAACGGUAGUCAAAGAAACGAGUGAUAUCAAUGAAAGAGAUGAUGAUGGCUGUACUGCUCUGCAUACAGCAGCAAGAUAUUCUAGUUCUGAUGCUGUAAAGCUUCUUCUUCAGCAUGGUGCUACUAGUAAAGUGUUUGACAAGAAAGGUGUUGCUCCUGUUCAUGUUGCUGCAAGAAAGGGAAAUUUACCUGCGGUACAAGCUUUAGUGUCUCAUGAUCGCUCUAAUGCUGAGUUGAAAGAUCAAACAGAAAACGAAGCUACUCCAUUGCAUCAUGCAGCAGAGGAGAACAGCAUUCAAGUGAUAGAGUUUCUAAACUCACAAUAUCACGCUGACAUCAAUGCAACCAACAGCAUAGGAGAGACUGCUGUAUUUGUUGCUGCUGCUUGUGAUAACCCAGAAAUGAUUACAGCAGCUGUGAAAAUGGGGGCUGAUUUGACUCUCAGAAGCGUUCUUGAUGAAUCUGCAAUGGACGUAGCAGCGGCAGAAGAUUCUAUUUCUUGUAUUGUUAGUAUUGCACAGAAAGCUCCUCAAACAGUCACAGCCGUAAACGAUGAUGGCGACCCAGCACUGAGCCAUUGCUAUACGGGCGAAAGCGUCGACAUUUUAGUCAAUCUAGGAGCAGAUCCUUGUCACAAGAAUGAAACGGGACGUACACCUCUUCAUGCAGCUGCUACUGACCCAGAUAGACAGGAAGCAGCACGCAAGCUUGUUUCAAAAGGUGCAGAAGUUGAUGCCAAAGAUGAUGCAGGAAUGACACCACUACAUGUGGCAGCUUCAAUGAAUAACACACAAGGAGUUGACUUACUCAUUGAUGAAGCAGGGGCAAAUAUGAAUGCACGAGACAACGAAGGAAGAUCUCCAAUGUUAGUUGCACUUGAUCGCAACUUCGUGAAAUUGUCCGAAAAACUUCUUCGCAAGGGAGCGGACGUUCAUGCCUCGGAUGCUAGAGGAUUGACUGCGCUUCAUUACGCUUCGAAAAAUGGCUAUGACAGGCUUUCCAAAAUGUUGUUGGAUGCAGGAGUAGUUGUCGAUGCUUGUGACAUUGAAGGAAAGACACCUCUACAUUACGCAGUCGUUAGUAAUCCUCAACUAGCCAAGUUGCUCGUUGAAGGGGGUGCGGACAUGUAUAAACGUGAUGCACGAGGAAGCACUGCUCUAGGGUUGUCUCGAAAGAGUGGCCAUCCUCUUAAGCAUCUAACAAGAGAAGAGGUACAAGUACUUGACUUUACAGAAGCAUCGAAAGAUGAGCUUGCUGUACCACCAGGCCCGACGUGUCCAUCAAAGUGUUUUGCCGAUGGACCCGGUUUGAAAGGAGGACAUGUGGAUACAAGGUACAGCUUUAGCGUGUUUACUUGUGACGAGAACGGAAAGAUGCAAAUUGCCGGAGGAGCUUCUUUGGUCAUUCGAAUCGUUCUAGCUGACUCCAAGGCAAACAUCACAGCCACUCCUGGCCAAACAGACAAACGUCUGAUGAUAACAGAUAAUGGCGAUGGAACGUAUUUUGUCGCCUUCGAAUUGUCAAUGGCUGGAAAACACCAGUUUCACAUUUCAGUUGAUAAAGAGUCCGUUCAUGGAAGUCCUUAUGUUAUACCUCUGGACAAGUCCCUUGCUCCACUACCACCAAUUAUCAGCGGCACCAGCUAUCAGCCUGCAAAUUAUGCUGAUGAGAAAAUUCAAUUUGCAAAGAAUGAAGGAAUCGGUCAAGUUGACAUUGCAAUUGUUUGUGACACUACUUCAAGCAUGGGGCCCGAAAUCAAGACUGCUCAAAAGCUGAUACAAGAUCUCAUAAACACUGUCAAUAGUGAAAGUCUUUGCAGGGAUUUACGAUUAGCUGUUGUUGCAUACAGAGAUCAUCCACCGGAAGAGGACACCUACGUGACUAAGGUUUGGCCGUUGACUUCAGAUAUUUCUUCUGUCAAGGAAGCUGUCAACAGUCUUGAAGCCAAAGGAGGGGGUGACGUUCCCGAGGCCGUUGCAGACGCGCUUAAAGAAGUCGUCGAUCUCAACUGGGAUGAAACUCAGAGGCCUCACGCCGUUCGAAUGGCCGUGUUGAUAGGAGACGCUCCUCCGCAUGGAAUGCUGUGUGUGAAAACUGGAGAUAAUUUCCCGAAAGGUUGCCCAGCUGGUCACGAUUGGCUCAUAUUAGCAGAACAAUGUCGCUCUAGAAAAAUCAACGUCUACACAGUUUUGUGCCGAGAUGAUUACUUUGCUAUACGAGCCUUUAGUGCAAUAGCAGAAUCCUCCGGAGGACAUUGCGCUAAAAUUCAAUCUGAAAGCGACAACUCUGAAAUCAUAAAUUUGAUUAAACUGCACGUUCAUGUCCAGCUGGACCAUCAGCUCACGACCAGCACAGUAUCAGACGUUAUUAUCAAAAAUCAAUUGGCGGAACGCACGUUUGAACAGCGUCUUGGACGCGUCAAAGAGGAACUGUCUACUUUAGGCUUUAAAGUUCGACGAUUGCAAACAGGACGAGGUAAGGCUACCAUUCAAAUCAGGUCAGUCUGUGAGAACGACAUCUACGAGGCGGUAGAAGACUUCAAAUCUUGUGAGCGCUUUGCUAAUACCAAACGAGAUUUAACUCUGAUGGAUCACAUGGGGAAAAAGCUUUAUGCUUUGCGGAAACUUCAAGGAAAUCUUCCUUCUGUUGCUGAAACUGACCAAGUCUGACUGAUAGAAUGACACGCAUGCAGUUGUUCUAUUGGUGUUUGCUGUUUAGUUGUUAGUUGUUUUUGUUAGCUGAGCUGUGCGGAACUGUCAAUUUUGACGUUGAGUUGCUGGAUCUUUGAUUCUAUAAUAUGCAUGAGAACCUCUCAGAUAA